GGCGGUCACAUGACGUUUAGAGGGAACCAGCAGCUGUUACUACUGGAUGACGGUGUAAUACAGCUUUAAGAUGCAGCAGCCUGACUAACCCAGCUAGCUAGCUAAUGAUUCAUAAAGGCGACAGUAAAAUCUAUCCGGGACAUCUUCGGCACAUUUUACAAGUUGCAGCAUGGCCGAGAAAGCCCCUCAUCUAACCCUGGUAGUGGGUCACACCCACCACGACCACAACCUGCAUCACUUCACAGACCUGAAUAUAGAAAGGAUCUACAUGGAUUAUAAUGCUACUACCCCGAUGGAGCCAGAGGUGAUUCAGGUUAUAACUGAAGCUCUCCAUGAAGCCUGGGGAAACCCUAGUAGCAACUAUAUAGCAGGAGCCAUGGCCAAAGCGAUCAUCAGCCGGUCCAGAGAGAAUGUGGCUAGAAUGGUUGGAGGCAAAGCGGAGGACAUUAUUUUCACCUCAGGUGGAACAGAGGCCAACAACCUGGUGCUGCACACCGCCGUGGAGCACUUCAGGAAGAGCCGCAGCGCCGCAGAGCACGGCGAAGGACUGCAAAACGGCUGCUCCGGCCUGCCGCACAUCAUCACCUCCAACGUGGAGCAUGACUCCAUCAGACUCACGGCCAAGCACCUGCAGUCGGUUGGGAAGGCAGAUGUAACAUGUGUGCCCGUUUCUAAGGUGAACGCUCGUGUAGAUGUGGAGGAUAUUAUCGCUGCCGUGCGUCCCAACACUUGUCUCAUCUCUGUCAUGAUGGCCAACAAUGAGACAGGAGUCAUCAUGCCAAUCCAAGAAAUCUGCCAAAGAGUUAAAUCCCUCAACAAGCAGCACGAUCGACUCAGGAUCCUGCUUCACACCGACGCUGCCCAGGCGCUGGGCAAAAUCCCUGUGGAUGUCCAGGAACUGGGCGUGGAUUUCCUCACCAUAGUUGGACACAAGUUCUACGCUCCUCGGGCCGGCGCUUUGUACGUAAACGGCUCUGGAACAAAGACGCCGCUGUAUCCGAUGAUAUUUGGAGGAGGACAGGAGAGGAAUUUCAGACCGGGAACAGAGAACACACCAAUGAUAGCUGGUCUGGGAAAAGCUGCAGAGCUGGUGACCGCUAAUCUUUCCCGCUAUCAGAGUCACAUGCUAAAUAUAAGAGUGUAUCUGGAAGAACGACUGCAAGCUGUCUUCAGAGACAGGAUCCGCUUCAACAGUCAUUAUCCGGGCUCUGAUAUCCUCCCUAACACGUGUAACGUGUCCAUCCUGGGCCCAGCGUUACAAGGCUGGAGGGUGUUAGCGAACUGCAGGAGGCUGCUGGCCAGCGUGGGAGCCGCCUGCCACUCCUCCAGCGGACACAGGCCUUCCCAUAUCCUUCUGAGCUGCGGCGUCCCCACGGAGGUGGCGGCUAAUGCCUUGAGGCUGAGCGUCGGCAGAGGGACGACCAAAGAAGACGUGGACUUGGUCGUGGAGGACCUCAGGGAGACGGUGCAGCUCUUAGAAAAAAUGAACUGAGCCCUUUUUUUUCUCUUUCUUUUGCACUAGAAGAGUUCGUCUUUGGGACAGGUUAGGAUGUGCAAUAACACACGACACGCAUCACCUUUGCUGUUACACUGAUCCUGAAAGAUUAUGAGAUAUUUAUAUAAAUAAUAAAGCGGGAGAACUUGGCUCAA